AUGGAUAGUACUACCCCUUGUAUCGAAUCUCGAGCAAAUAGUCAUAAUUUGACCAAAUUAGAAGAGGAAGUGCUUAUCUAUAUAGAAGAUAUAGCGAAUUAUAUCCUCGAAUCAUGGGGUGCGAAGAAGAUUGGAAAACUCUGGGCUUAUCGCUUUGUUAAACGAUACUCAGAAUUAAAAAUAUGUUUUAAUUGUGUUUAUGAUUUUCAAAGAGCUCUUUACGAAGAUCCCAAGCUUAUUGAAGAAUGGUUUGGAUUGGUAUCGAAUAUAUAG